GAGUUGUAUCCAAAAAUAGGUACUGUUUCUUUCCUACACAGUUAUCGACUUAUAUUAAUAAUAAAAUAAUAAUAAGGAAUUUCAGCAAUUUUAAUUGAAUAUAUAUUGGUGUCAUUUACAAAAAUAAAUAUUUUCAUAUUUGUGGUGCACAUGCGCUGUUUUCGUCAAUCCUUUUUAGUACUUGUUACGGCAGUGCGACCACUGACCUUGACUAACCGUUUCCUUGUGUCCAAUAUAAAUUCCACAUCACAGCGAUCAUCAAAAGAAGUAGAAUCAUUUGAUAAGGAUAACAUUCGGUCUGGCGAAGGUUCAAAUGCACUUCCAGGUCUCGAGCUGGCGCGCCAAGCCGUGGGGCCUAUUCAAUUUUCCUCUACUAAAAAUAAUGAAGACGAGUCAGUGUCGUCAUUUGACCCCCUAAUUUACUGGCGGGAGUACUAUUCUUUGGAACAUGCAAAACCGUAUUAUCACAACAUCCAAACGAACGAGACAACGUUUCAAAUUCCGAAAGGAUUUCCUACGCAAUUUCCUCUUUAUUACAGUAAAAAUGGUUUCAAUGUGGAUGGACAUGGUGUCGUGCAUCAUCUAUCAAAGAGCACAACAACUGAGGGUAAUGGUAAUGGAUCAAAUACACAAAAUGGUUCUUCAGGUUUGUCUCUGAGGCAGAAGCUCGCCGCUUACGGUGCUGGUGGUGUUUUGCUAUAUUUAAUCAUACAUAAUAUUAGCUUUGUUGUUGUUUUCACAUGCAUAUAUUUUUUUCAUAUGGAUCUUCCGGGGUUGGCACGUUCCUAUGGUUUUAAUAUAUCAGAUAAAAAAAAUGAUACAGUAGAAGGCAAGAAAAACGAGAGGUCACCUUUUUUGAGAACUCUAUUAUUAUCUAUUGUGCUAAACAAGAUUCUGAUUCCAUUUCAUCUCGCUCUUACUAUUGGUGCUGCACCUUUUCUAGUUCAUCGCCUGGAGCCCAUCGCGAUGCGCUUCAUUCCACGCUCCAAGUCUUUCUUUGUAAUUUCAAAGAAACCAACGAGCGUUUAGAAAAGGGGGAAAUAAGGUAUCAGUUUUCUCAAUAUUAUUGCUAAGUUACCACUCAUCGCUGUUUCGAUACCCAUGGUGAUAUACCCAGGAUCUAGGCAUGUAUGAUGCAUUUUGAAACUGCAUUCUUUCCUUUAUGCCUUUAAUUCUAAACUGGUUUAAUUAUGACCAAGCUACCAGGGUGUUCGUUAGCAAUCGGUUACAUGUAGUAUGUGCAUUUAUACGUUCCCAUAUAACUUAUUAAA